AUGUCUUAUUAUAAUCCACAAGUAUACGGAAGACCACCUCAACAAAGCGGAUAUGGACCUCAAUCACCUCAAACUCCUGGUCCUCCACUACCACCACGACAAAGUGGAUAUGGACCUCAAUCACUUCAAAAUACUGGUCCUCCACUACCACCACGACAGAGUUCUCAACCUGCUCCAAAUUCUGCUCCACUUUCACAGUAUAAUCGUCCACAAAGUCAACCAAUUCCUCCACUUGGCCCUGAUCCUCAACUAUAUUACUGGUUCCAAGCUGUAGACACCGAUAAGAGUGAUUGGAGUCCGUUUAACAUUGAAACCGUUCGAUUAAUGAUGAAUAUGUUUGAUACUGAUAAUAGUGGAACGAUUGACUUCUCUGAAUUUGUCGGACUUUGGCGAUAUAUUGAAGAUUGGAAGAAAUGUUUUCAAAAAUUUGAUGUUGAUGGAUCAGGCACAAUUAAUUUUCAAGAACUAAAAACUGCGUUAAGAACGUUUGGUUAUAAUUUAAGUGAUAAUUUUAUUCAUUUGCUUCUUAAAAAAUAUGAUAAAUAUGGAAGAGGUGACGUGACUUUUGAUAACUUCGUGCAAUCAUGCGUGACUGUCAAGACUCUUACAGAUGCCUUCCGACGUUAUGAUACGGAUAAUGAUGGUUGGAUUUUAAUUAAUUAUGAGCAGGGUUGGUUAUUAACAACAGAUAAAGUAUUCGAUGGGUAG